AUGCAUCUGUUGAUGAAGAAAUCUGCGCAUUUGCUGCUGUCAUUUGCAGUAUUCUUGAUUUUCAUCAUCAAAUUAGGCUACUGUGAGAUCAAGGAUGUGGACAUUGAUAAGGAUUCAAGGCCAAUGAUCAUGUUUGAAGGAUUCGGGUUCGGUCCAAAUGGACAUGUUGACAUUUCUGUAAAUCGUGUUUCCUGGAAAACAAAGCAUCAAAAUGCAAAGCUCAACCUUUCUUCAAUGGGAUUCUUCUUGGUCAGCGAAGAAUCGUACCCGCGGAUAUUGAACGAGUCUUCCUACACAGAGGGAUUCUGUCUCUUGUCCAGUAUGUAUGUUCAAAUCGUGUUCAGGUUCGAUAAUCUUACCCGGCCUGAUUCGAAAUUCAGUGCUUCUGCAGCCAUUGAUGAUGCCGACGAAUAUUACCUCAUGUUUGGAAAUUGUCAGACUGAGUUUCAUGUGUCCAUGAAGGUUCACACGGAAAUGUACAACAUUGGAGAUCAGGGGAAAAAGGAUUUUCUCCCGGCAGGGCAGACCGGAUUACCUAGAAUGUAUUUCCUGUUUUUCGUAGUAUAUGCAGCGAUUUUAGUGAUAUGGUGUUUCAUCUGCAUCAGGCAAAGAUUUACUGUCCAGAAGAUCCAUCUGAUUAUGGCUGCAUUGCUUCUUUUCAAGGCACUCAAGAUGAUAUGCGCGUCAGAGGACAAAAUGUACAUCAGGAAAACCGGCACUCCCCAUGGUUGGGACGUCGCCUUUUACAUCUUUGGAUUCUUAAAAGGCGUCACGCUUUUCAUCGUGAUUGUCCUCAUAGGAACUGGAUGGUCGUUCUUGAAACCUUUCUUGCAGGAGCGCGAAAAGAACGUGUUGAUGUUCGUGAUCCCACUGCAAGUCUUGGAGAACAUAGCUUCAGUUGUCAUCAGUGAAACAGGUCCAGUGAAGGAAUAUUGGCUCAGCUGGAACGAAAUGUUCUUGCUUAUUGAUGUCAUUUGCUGCUGCACUGUCAUUUUCCCAAUCUUUUGGUCUAUAAACAGCCUAAAAGAGACAUCCAAGACGGAUGGAAAGGCGGCCAAAAACCUCGAAAAGCUGACACUUUUCAGGCAAUUCUACAUUGUUGUGGUUGCUUAUUUGUAUUUCACAAGAGUUGUGGUUUCUGUUAUUGGAGCAAACAUCAGCUAUAUAAUGGAUGGUCCCAAUAAUGCAACGUUAGCUCAAUUUCAAAGCAAGAUAUUCCAGAUUUUCCUAGAUUUCAUGACGAGGAUCACCAAAUUUGAGGAGCUGGUGAAUGCUGGAAAUAGUUUUCUUGUUAGCUUUCGGCAAGGGCUUGACUUUCUUCGACGACCUCCUUUGAACUUGAAGUCCGAAUUGAUUGGGCAGAUUAUCAAAGCUAACCAAUCUAAAAGACUGUCAUCCUACUUGGAAGCAGGAUGUGUAAACACUCAUGAUAGUAAACAAAAUAUCAGCAAGUUGCGUACCUGCCAUCUUGGACUUUCGGACUGUUUAAACCAAGGCAAAGGAUUGAUAAAGGAACUUGAGUCCCUUCUUGAUGAUGCUAAAACAGUCAUUGAGGAUUACAAUGAAGAUUUAACAAAUUUGCAGGAUAAAAUUGUUCAUUGUAAUUUGGAUUCCUCUGGAGCUAUAGCGAACAAGGAAGAACAACCACUUUCGGAUCUUCAGAAGCCUGACAUUACUGAUUAUGCAAUCUUGAUGGGUCUUAUCUAUGGUAUGGUUAAACAAGACUACGAUAUGCAGACCUUCAAAUGGUUGCAGGAAAAAAUUAUUUCUUCUCUCAGUCUGAAGUCGUCUUCGGUAGAACUGGAGUCUUACUGCCUCAUGUGGUCUUUGCGGCCCUUUGUAGAUGACGAUAUCAUGAGCAAGGCUUGGAAACUAGUCAAAUGA